AACUCUAGGCUAGACACUGCAGGCUGGCGGAGGCGGCUGAGUCCCUGGUGCCCAGCGCCGCCCUCCGCGCUUGGGGCGUGGCCGCCACCCCUUUAUCUGCUCCUCCAACGCGGGGACGCAGCAGACAGCUCUCAGCUUUGCCCUGGCCACAGGAUAGGAGCCCGCCAAGUGCACCUGACAUCCAUCUCCCAGGCCCCCAGCCACUUGGUACCAGCUGGCUUGGCUCUUCCUUUCUUGUAUGAUCUUGGUGCUCCGCCCACAUCCCUGCAGAGGGCACCAGACUGAAUUGUAGAUGGUUGUGAGCCACCAUGUGGUUGCCGGGAAUUGAACUCAGGACCUCUGGAAGAGCAGCCAGUGCUCUCAACCUCUGAGCCAUCUCUCCCGCCCGAAAACGAGUAUUUUCUUUUUUCCUGCCCAGGACCCAGACAUGGCGAUGGCAGUAGCCCAGAAGUUCAACCACCUGCUGGCCAGCCUUUGGCACGUGGGCCAGAAGCCUCUGCAGCCAGAGCGGGUGUUCACAGUGGACCGGGCUGAGGUGCCGCGUCUCUUCUGGAAGCCGUACAUCUAUGCUGGCUACCGGCCGCUGCACCAGACCUGGUGUUUCUACUUCCGCACGCUGUUCGAGCAGCACAACGAGGCUGUGAAUGUGUGGACCCACCUGCUGGCGGCCCUGGCACUGCUGCUGCGCCUGGUCAUCUUGGUGUGGAGCGUGGACUUCUGGGAAGACCCGCACGCCCUGCCCCUCCUCAUCAUCGUCCUGGCCUCCUUCACUUACCUCUCCUUCAGUGCCCUGGCGCACCUCCUGCAGGCCAAGUCGGAGUUUUGGCACUACAGCUUCUUCUUCCUGGACUAUGUGGGCGUAGCCGUGUACCAGUUUGGCAGUGCCCUGGCGCACUUCUACUAUGCCAUUGAGCCCACCUGGCAUGCCCAGGUGCAGGCCAUCUUCCUGCCCAUGGCCGCCUUCUUGGCCUGGCUAUCCUGUGCUGGGUCCUGCUACAACAAGUACAGCCAGAAGCCAGGCCUGCUGGGCCGCACUUGCCAGGAGGUGCCCUCGGCGCUGGCCUAUGCGCUGGACAUCAGCCCCGUGGUGCACCGCAUCAUAGUGUCCCCUCUCCCUCCUGAGGAUGACCCCGCUCUUCUCUAUCACAAGUGCCAGGUGGUUUUCUUUCUUCUGGCCGCUGCGUUUUUCUCCACCGUCAUGCCGGAGAGUUGGUUCCCCGGCAGCUGCCACAUCUUUGGGCAGGGACACCAAGUUUUCCAUGUCUUUUUGGUGCUGUGCACGUUGGCCCAGCUAGAGGCGGUGACAUUGGACUAUCAGGCCCGGAGGCCCAUCUAUGAGCCUCUGCAUGCUCGUUGGCCCCACAACUUCUCUGGCCUCUUUCUGCUCACCGUGGGCAGCAGCAUGCUCACCGCCUUGCUCCUCAGCCUGCUGGUGCGCCGCAAACUCCGUCAGAAGACUAAGUGAAAGCAGGGUGGGCCGGGAGCUGGCAGGGUGAGAGAAGGCGCUAGGGACAGAGGCCUGGACUUGGCCGCAGAUGGGAACAAGGCCUGGUAAAGCUGUUUGUAUCUGGCGGGCCAUGACUCCCUGCCUGCAAGCUCACGGCCAAGGUGGUGCUAGCCAAUCCUUGGACCUGGGGAUUGGCUGGGAGCCGCGGAGUCCCUGGCCAGUUCCCUGCCCUGGUAGGAGAAGAGAUAAGGGAGUGGGGCUUCCUGACUGCCCCUCCCUUGCCUCCUAUCAGGGGUCAAGGUUGGGGUUCAGCCUUGGUUAGCACCCUGGUUUGGGGUCUCCAGGUUGUUGGGUGGGGGAUGAGACUGGCCAGUGUCAGAUUUGAGCUGAGAGGGAGGGGAAGCCUCAGUAGCCACCAUCUGCCACAUUUUACUGGUGAAGAGGAAACAAACAGGCCAGAAGGAUGGGUGGCAUUUUUUUUUUAGAUGGGUGGCAUUUUAAUCUGUCUCCUGCACGCCAGCCUGGAUCACUGGGUUCCAGAGAGGCUCCAAAGACAGAGGGUCCUCUCCAUUGCCCAGGUGCCUUCAUGACAGCCCCAGCCUUGAGCCUCCCAUCUUUGGCCUGCAGGUCCUGCACACUCCUUCCAGCUCCUGUCCCGAAACUCCCACUUGUGAUUCUGAGCUCUGUCUCCUUAGCUCUGUUUCCAGGACUCCAGGCUUUAGCACCUUAAGGAACUCUCAAAGGGGCUCAGAGGCCAGGCUAAUGAGCACUGCCUGGGGUUUUCAGGACCUUGGGCUGGGGAGAGUGAGGAGGAGCUUGCUAACCCAGCUUAGGGCAUUCCAGGCAAAAGGGGACACCUGUCCCCAGAACCAGAGAUGCAAAGCAGGGAGUUCAGUGGGGCUGGAGGUAAGGCUGGUGUCUGGUCCCUGAUAUGUCCUAGAUGUAAUAAAGUGACUAUGACAACA